AGAAGAAGAAUUAUUUAAUAUUUUAAGGUGUGGCGCUUCAAUCAACGUCCAUAUUGAAACAAGUGGGAAGAAGGGAUGGCGAAAAAGUCCUAUGAUUUGCUCUUUAAAUUAUUAUUAAUCGGCGAUUCUGGUGUCGGUAAAACGUGUAUAUUAUUCAGGUUUUCGGACGAUGCUUUUAAUACAACGUUUAUAUCGACGAUAGGUAUUGACUUCAAAAUCAAAACAAUAGAAUUAAAAGGAAAGAAAAUAAAAUUACAAAUAUGGGAUACAGCAGGUCAAGAGAGAUUUCAUACAAUCACUACAUCUUACUACAGAGGUGCAAUGGGUAUAAUGCUAGUUUAUGAUAUUACUAAUCCAAAGAGCUUUGAUAAUAUUGCUAAAUGGUUACGGAAUAUAGAUGAACAUGCAAAUGAAGAUGUUGAGAAAAUGCUAUUAGGUAACAAAUGUGACAGAGAUAAUGAAAGAAUGAUUCGAAAGGAAAGAGGAGAAACUAUAGCAAGAGAACAUGGCAUAAGAUUUCUAGAAACAAGUGCAAAAGCAAAUAUAAAUAUUGAACAAGCUUUUACAGAAUUAGCAGAAGCUAUAUUAAAUAAACAAAUGGCUGGAAAGGAACAGUCUGAAUUUCCAGAUAAAGUCCGUGUAUCUCCUCCAGAUGGAAAGUCUGGAGUUAAAUGUUGUUAAGAUGUAGCUCUUAGACCUCAAGAUUCAUUGCCAAUUAAUGUGAAUGGAAUGCAGUUUUUAAAUAGUGAUUUGUUAAUAUACUCUUAAACUAUGAUACUGCAGUUGUACAGUUGUCAUGCAGAUUAUCAAUGGAAUCCAUUAAAAGUUGUGCCUGACAAUGGAGAAGUGCUCAUAAAUUGUAACAUUGGUAUAUAAUUUGUGGAGUCAAAAGAAAUCCUCCCUAAAAAAAUUUUAAAUGAAUCAAGACAUACGAACAGAAAGGUAAUUCUUAGUUAAGAAACUUAAUUUUCAACUGAAUACACUCGACCAAUUUUUUCCCUCUUCUCUAAAAGUACAGAAAUGUUUAUUUUCUAGUAUCGUCCUUCAAAGCAUUUUAGCUAAUUAAUGAAUGAGAAAAACAUGCAAUUUGUAUUAUUGUAUAUUUUUAAUGACUGUUUGCAUUGCCUUAUUCUUUUAUCUACUAAGAAAUUUUUCAAGUGUUAUGAAAGGAAAAUAUCACAUGAUCGUGACUAUUUGUUUUCGAAUUUUCAAAUGUAAUACUUGUAAAAUGUCAGUUUGUUUACAAUAAAACGACAGUUUUGUAAUCCAUCUAAAA